GGUGCUAGUUUUAUACAGGUGCUUUUCAUACUAUCCAUUAUUCUAUACCUUUUGACAAAGGCACCAUUAAAAAUUUGUUAAUUAAGUGCGCCGUGGUGUUGUGAAAGUGUAACCAUCAUUGACAAGUGUUAGUGAAUUUUCUAGGAACAGUCGUUCUUAAGUCCUUAUCUUAUCUGGUCAAUAUGUCUAAAUAACAACUAGAUGUGGAAUAUUACCGUGGACCUUAAUAAGUAAAUUAAUAUAUCGCACAAGGAGGAACAUAUUGUCGGAAGUAAAAAAUAAAAUAAAAAUGUUAAGUUGUAUUUUCGGUAAAUGUUCUAGUGAGACAUACGUAGUAAAUAAGAUAUCCAGAACAGGCAGCCAGUCACAGUAUUCAAAUCCCAAACCAUCAGUUAUUGGUACACAUAUCAAACAAAAUGAAAAUGAAUAUCCGGCAUUUGAAACGAGAGGUAACAAUCAAAAUCAGCCAACUAAUGUUCAAGAACAAAUUACACAUUCCCAAAUAAAACAAAACGGUCAAAUAAACUCAAACAAAACAAAUAACGCACAGCUUUCGCAGAUAGAAGAGAAAAAUCACACGCAGGAUUCCCAAGUAACACAAAAUGCCCAAACUUCAACAGGUACUGAAAAAGCAAACCACACACAUGUGUCUCAAACAACACAGAAGGUACAAACAAGUCCUGAAAAAACAAUCCACACACCAAUAACACAAAAUGUCAAAACAAAUAACGCACAACUUUCUCAGACAGAAGAGAAAAAACACACGCAGCGGUCCCAAGUAACACAAAAUGCCCAAACUGCAACAGGUACUGAGAAAACAAAACCUGAAAAAUCAAUCCAUGCACAAGUAACACAAAAUGUCAAAACUUCGACAGUCAUCGAAGAAACAAACAAUACACAGGUGUCUCAAACAACACAAAAUGUCCAUAUUCCAGCAGCUGUGGAGGAAACAAAUAAUACUCAAAAUAUUGGUUCAACUUCCACAGCUGUUGAAAUAAUAGGACACACACAAGUGUCUCAACCAACUCAAAAUGGUCAAGCUGCAGAAAAAAUAAAUCACAUACAGGUGUCUCAAACUAAUAAAUCCAACGAUGAAAGUAAAGGUAAAGAAACACAAGGCAAGAAAUCGCAAGCACCACCACCACCUGGACAGAAAGUUGACGGAAAUAAAACCUCUAAGCUAAAUAUUCAAAAUGGAUCAUCGUCAGCAGAGGGUACGGCUGUAGCAAACGAUGACACAGAAACCGAUAUCAAUCAAACUGAGAACCAAAAUGAAAAACCGAAAUCCAAAUCGGAAGACAAUAUAGACGAAGUUGCGUCGCCCACAAAGAGACGUUCUGGAUUAGUACCAACACCUGUGAAUUAUGAUGAGGAUGCACAGUCGAAGUUGCCAGUUUAUCCAAAAACUCAAGAUGAUGAGGAUCUGAUACGAGAGGCUAUAGAACGAAAUGACUUUCUGAACAAGAUUAUUUCCGGCAAAAGGCUAGACGAUGUCAUCAACGCAAUGUACAAUAAAGAAAUAUCAGCCAAGGACACCGUUAUCAAGCAAGGAGAAAAAGGCUCCCACAUGUACAUUUCCGCAAAAGGCACAUACCAAAUUCUGAUCAAGAAUAAAGUGGUUAAUGAGUUCAGCGAUGUGAGGGUCUUUGGUGAACUGGCUCUGUUGUACAACGCCAAGAGAUUGGCGACGAUCAAGGCACUCACCCCGGGCAGGGUGUGGGUGUUGGAUCGAAAUGUAUACCAACAGAUUACCGUGGGGUACAACAUCAAAAAGCAAGACGAGAUCAUGCAGUUCUUGAUGAACAAUGAAAGACUGAAGGUGGUCGGAAAGGAAGCCUUGCAGGAAGUUUCUGGUUUACUCAAAUCGGAGUUUUUUAAGGCUGGGACUCAAAUAGUGAGGCAAGGAGACAAAGGUAACAAAUUUUAUAUAAUCAGUGCUGGAACGGUAACAAUAACGAAAGAUGGAGAGGGAGUAGUUGGGGUGUACAAGAAAGGAGACUGCUUCGGAGAACUGGCUCUGUUGAAGGAGGAUUGCAGGCAAGCCACUGUUACUGCGGACGCCCCAGGAGUCGAAUGUCUGACCUUGACAAGAAAGCAGUUCGUGGAUCACUUCGGCGAUAUAAAGGAAUGGGAAUACAUCAACGUUCGACCACAAGACUCCUUUAAGGAUGGUGUAACGGAACAUGAAGACAUAGAUCUAAGAGAUCUUAAGAUAAUAAAAACACUUGGCGUAGGAGGCUUUGGAAGGGUGGAGUUGGUGCAACAUAAGAAGAAGAGCGACUUGGUAUUUGCUCUAAAGUACCUAAAGAAGAUUGAUAUCGUUAUGCAGCACCAGCAGGAGCACGUGUACAACGAAAAGAAUAUUCAGAUGGCUUGCAAGUCGCCAUUUAUUGUGAGACUGUACAGGACCUACAAGGAUAAUAAAUAUAUCUACCUAUUGAUGGAAUCAUGUCUAGGUGGAGAUCUUUGGAGCUUGCUUCAAAAGCAGAAACUGCGACGGUUCGAUGAGAAAGAAGCGAGGUUCAUAGCUGCUUGUGUAUUAGAAUCUUUUGAUUACCUUCAUUCUAGAGGAAUAAUAUACAGAGACCUUAAACCGGAAAACUUACUGAUUGCCGCGAAUGGUUACAUAAAACUGACAGACUUUGGUUUUGCAAAGAAAAUUAGUUCCAGAGGAAAGACAUUCACUUUUGCUGGAACGCCGGAGUACGUCGCCCCAGAAAUAGUAUUAAAUAGGGGCCACGACAGAUCGGUAGACUACUGGGCCUUUGGAGCGUUUAUUUUUGAGCUGUUAACUGGGCGGACACCCUUCAGAACUGACGAUAGCAGCCACAUGAAGACUUACAACAAAAUAUUGAGUGGCAUCGACAACGUGCCGUUUCCAAGUUAUGUUAACUUGAAGGCCAGGCAUAUAGUGGAGAAGUUGUGUCGUCCUGUUCCUUCAGAAAGGUUGGGGAUGCAAAAACCAGGGAUAAAGUCUAUCAAGGAUCAUAAGUGGUUCCUGGGCUUCGAUUGGCUGAAGUUUGCGAAAUGUGAAAUGCCUUCUCCGUUCAAACCCAAAUUGAAAAGCCCGAUUGACACACAAUAUUUCGACCCAUUCAAGAAGGAUAAUGACAUCCCUCCAGAUGAACUAUCUGGAUGGGAUACCCAGUUUUAAUUUUUGUUACUACUAUCAUAGGAUUAUAUUAUUUAUUUUUUUAAAACAAGAAUAUAGCCAUGGCGAUUACCCUUCAAGUGAAUAGAAUAAUUCUGAAUGACCUAAAAAUCAGAAAAAAAAAUCACAGAAAUUAGCUAAUAAUUGUCAAUAAGCUAAUACAUGUAAAUAAAGGUUGAAAACUAAAAAAUUAAAUAUUUGUAAAUGAAUUACAUGCAAGGUUUGUCAUAAAUGCAUCUCAUUACUGGUUGAUCUCUGAGAGAUAGAUUGUACCUUGUGAACUCCAAUGGGGAAUGGGAUAUACAACGGGUGGGGGAUAGAAAGAGCCUGUACUUUUUUUUUCUUCGUAAAACGUGAAGUUUAUUUUAAUUGAUUUUGGUUAAAGCCUAAUACAAUUUUAAUUCUAGAGUAAAGCCUUACACUUU